AUAACUCUCCUACAGCCACCACAAAUUCUAAAACGAAAUGCUCAAAUCUGAAAACAAACUGCCGUCAUUACAGUUCGGUUCAUACACAACAGCCAGCUGGUCCUGUACGUGAGAUCCAAAUAGAUCCCUAUAUAAUAUUGGAUGAUGAACUUAAAUAUUUUUAUGAUGAUGUUAGAGAUUUACUUGCACAAGGUACAAGUCAAGCUGAACUUGAUAAAAUCGCCACAUACUACUUCGAUGGCCAGGGUAAGGCCUUAAGGCCCAUGGUCACUAUGCUCAUGUCCAAAGCUAUUAAUUAUCACUUAAAUAAAGAAUCAAGACAAUUGCUGCAUAAACAACGACAAAUCGCUUUGUUUUCUGAAAUGGUGCAUUCGGCCAGUUUGGUACAUGAUGAUGUUAUUGAUCAGUCUGAUUUUCGUCGUGGCAAACCAAGUGUGAAUGUAUUAUGGAAUCAUAAAAAGGUUACAAUGGCUGGUGAUUAUAUUUUAUCGGUGGCUUCCAUAAUGAUUGCCCGUCUGAAAAGUGACGAUGUAACAAUCGUUUUAAGUCAAAUUUUAACUGAUUUGGUACAAGGUGAAUUUAUGCAGUUGGGUUCAAGGGAAACUGAAAAUGAACGUUUUGCCCACUAUUUAACAAAAACAUACAGGAAGACGGCUUCUCUGAUAGCCAAUACAUUAAAAGCGACAGCUGUUAUUGCUGAAGCUGAUGAAAAUAUGACCGAGCUUGCUUUCCAAUAUGGCCGUAAUAUUGGUUUAGCUUUCCAAUUAGUGGAUGAUAUGCUGGACUUUGUUUCUUCCACAGAGACGAUGGGUAAACCAACAGCAGCCGAUUUAAAAUUGGGUCUUGCAACGGCGCCUGUUUUAUUUGCCUGCGAAAAGUAUCCCGAAUUAAAUCCCAUGAUUAUGCGCCGAUUUGGUGAACCCGGUGAUGUAGAACGUGCCUUUGAAUUAGUACACAAAUCUCAUGGUUUGGAACAAACUCGCUUUUUAGCCAAGAAACAUUGUAUUGAAGCGAUACGAUUGGCCCAGGAAAUGACAGAGUCACCCUAUCAGAAGGGUCUGCAGGUGGUAGCUGAUUUAGUCAUUAAUCGCAUGAAAUAAUAUUUUUUUCAAAGCGUUUAAAUUUAUUAAAUAAUAAUAAUAAUUAUUUCUUUUUAAUUAUAAUAUAAAAUUUGAACAAUUAUUUUUGGCCAAAACAAAAAUAUUUACAAAAUUACAAAUUUAUUAAUAAUAAUUUAUAAAACCCUUUUUUUAUAUACAAAACCACACACACAUAAACAUGCAUACACAAAUGAUUGUAAAGCAUAAACAGCAAAAAAGCUUAAACAGCAAAAAUUUAAAAUAAAAUAAAAAAAGUUUAACAAAAAAUCAUAAUGAAAAAGAAUCUAGUUAAUAAGUCUUGUUGACAUUGUAAAUAAUUUCAAAAUAAAAAAAGAAAAACAUAUAAAAUGAUGUAAAAAAUUUAAAGAAAACAAAACUUUAAUAGAAAAUGAAAAAAUAACAAAUUAUAUACAAUUUAAAAUUGUACAUACAGUGAAACACAAAACAAAUUUUAUAUGUACAUAAUAUACAAAAUUAAAAUUUAUAAUAAUAUUAUACACAAAAUGAACAAACAUUUACAAUAAAACUUUAAACUUUUUGUAAAAAUCUACAAAAAUUAAAUAAAAAUAGUCAAUUUUUAAACAGUUUUAAAGUCCUGUGUCAAGAUCCACACAUCUCACAAAUAACAAUUUAACACUCUCUCCCCGAUUCACCACCCCUUAAACUUAAAUAAAACAAAAAAAAAAACAAACUUGUUCAUUUUUCUUUUUGUGUUCUUUUUUUUUGAUAAGAAAAUAUUAAAAUUAUUAAAAAAAUAUUAUUGAUUGUUGUUAAUAAAGUAAAUUAUAUCUAAAAUAAAUAAUAUUAAAAAUUAAAGAAAAAAUAAAAGAUUUAAAAAACAUUUUGUUAAAGUUGUAUGGAUGUACGUACGUAAUUUUAUAGUCAAUAUUUCUAAUUAUUUUUCUUAAACUCUUUAAACAAUAUUUGUACAAUUGUUUACAAUUUAUAUUGUUUCUUAUUUUUCUUUUGGAGAUAUUUUAAAUAAAUUAUUCUUUUUAUUAUUUUUUUUAUUUGAAAAUCUAUUUUUCUUUUAAAUUAAGCAAAUUAAGACAAAUCUAUUGAAAUUCUUAUUAUUUUCUAUAAAAAUUUUUUGUAAAUCAAGAAAAACUGAAAAUGUUGUAUAAUUUAAUAAUUGAUUUGAUAUUUUAAAUAAAGC